GGAGAGGAGGCGCGCGCAGGGGACCCCGCCGCCGCGCGCCCAACUUUGCCCCCGCCGCCAACUUUGGUCGCCGUCGGGCGGGAACCCCGCGGAGCACAACAGCCACCUGCGCGCUCGGGGCUCUUGUUGGAGGAGAGCGCGAGCGGGAGAGAGGAGCGAGGAGGCUGGGAAGGGGGCGGAGAGGAGGGAAAAAGCCGGGUGCGGCGCAUGCGCCGUGCGCUGCCCCGGGCCUGCCGCGGCCGCAGUCACUUCCUGCCCUUGCGCCCAUCCGGCUCCGGGGUCGCGUCGCGGGGCCGCUUGGGCGGGACAGGCGACGGCGAGUUCGCGUCGGGGCGCGGCGACAACAGCGCACUGCCCUUCCCCGCCGGGCCCCGCAUCGUCGGCGGUGGCAGGGUCCCCCGCGCCCGCCUCCGCGGAGCCUCCUCUCCGGGCGCCCUGCUCGCUGUCACCUGCUGCCUGCGCCUCCUCGGAGCAGCCCAGGGGCUCCUUCUUCCUUCCUCCCUCUCUGCCUCCCGCGCGCGUCCCGCCGGCCGGUGGCGGGCAGGCGAAGAGGGGCUUCUCUCACGCCCAGCCGCUGCCCGCCCGGCAGGCACCCCACGCGCCUCGCUCGGGCCGGGCUGGCGUCUCCCGCAGGAGCCUUUCCCCAGAAACGAGCUACUAGAUGUAGAAGGAAAGUAGGGCGUUGAUGUAGAAAAUGCCUCUAAGGGACAAGUGUUGUCAGACUGACCACCAUCACCAUGGCUGCUGUGAACCAGUGCAUAUACUGGAACCUGGAGAUCAUCCUUUAUUGCAGCAGCCUCUUCAGACAUCAAAAUCCGGCAUUCAGCAAAUUAUUGAAUGUUUUCGAUCAGGAACUAAGCAACUUAAACAUAUUUUGCUGAAAGAUGUGGACACUAUCUUCGAAUGUAAAUUGUGCCGCAGCCUCUUCAGAGGACUACCGAAUUUAAUAACCCACAAGAAGUUCUACUGUCCUCCAAGUCUCCGGAUGGAUGACAACUCUCCUGAUGUAAAUGAUAAGCAGAGCCAAGCCAUAAGCGAUCUCCUGGAAGCUAUGUAUCCUAGAGUGGACAAGCAAGAAUAUAUAAUCCGUUUGGAACCUAUAGAGACGAACCGGAAUGCUGUCUUUCAAUAUGUUUCGAAGGCGGAUAGCACAGUUGAGAACAUUGAGAUGAACGUCACCACCGAACCAGCUCCUGUAGCAGAAACGCCAGAAACUACCGCAGAACCUCCUAAAUCGGUUCCUAGUCCCUCACAGGAAGAAACGGCAGAGGUUGCUGUGGCUGCUGCUGCUAGCAAGGUAAUAUUGACUCCAGAAGAACCAUCUCUGUCAACAAAGCCUAAGCUGGAACGUGAUAAACCAGAUUUGGGUCACCAGUUAAUUUGCUGCCUCUGUAAAAAAGAAUUUCAUUCCAGACGCAGUGUACGCCGGCAUAUUAGAAAAGUACACAAGAAGAAGAUGGAAGAACUGAAGAAAUUUAUUGAAAUUAAAAGGCGGCCAAAUCAGACAUCUGGAAGGGGGCGCAAUAAGAACAUUCUUGUAACACUGGGUAGGAGCUGUCCUGUAUGCUAUAAAUCCUUUGCUACAAAAGCCAAUGUAAGGAGGCAUUUUGAUGAAGUUCACAGGGGACUGAGAAGGGAUUCCAUCACUCCUGACAUAGCUACAAAGCCUGGGGAACCUUUGUCCUUGGAAUCGGCUAAAAAAUCUGUUAAGACCCGAAAACAAAAGUCCCUUAAGGCUGAAUACAACUUAACCACCUGCAAAUGCCUCUUGUGCAAGAGGAAAUACAGUUCGCAGGUAAUGCUCAAAAGGCAUAUGCAGAUUGUUCACAAGAUCACCCUUUCGGCAAAAAAUGCUAAAAGAGAGAAGAAGCCCAAUAACGCAGUAAGCACAGAAGUGAAAGAGAAAACGGAACCAGCAGAAUCUGUGGAAUCAGUGCCUCCCCUCAUCAGCUCCCCGCAGAAUGAAACAAAGGGAACAAAUCAUUCGAAUGAAAGGAAGAAUGCAUCUUCAUCGACUGAGAAAAAGAAUGCCUCAUCAUCCGCCGAACGAAAGAAUGCCUCAUCAUCCGCUGAACGAAAGAAUGCAUCAUCUGCUGAACGAAGGAAUGCAUCAGCUGCUGAACGGAAGAAUGCAUCAUCUGCUGAACGGAAGAAUGCAUCAUCUGCUGAACGGAAGAAUGCAUCGUCCGCUGAACGAAAGAAUGCAUCAUCCGUUGAACGAAAGAAUGCAUCGUCUGCUGAACGGAAGAAUGCAUCAUCCGCUGAACGAAAGAACGCAUCAAUCGCUGAACGAAAGAAUGCAUCAUCCGCUGAACGAAAGAAUGCAUCGUCCGCUGAACGAAAGAAUGCAUCGUCCGCUGAACGAAAGAAUGCAUCUUCUUCCACUGAAAGGAAGAACGCACCACCCACGAAGAAAAACAAAGUUAAACCGAGCUCUGAAAAUUCUAAGUCAAGUAAUCAGUCCAUUGCAAGUGGUCUCCGAAAGCCCAGGAAGCCGAGACUUUCCGUUGGCUUUGACUUUAAAAAGCUUUACUGCAAACUCUGCAAACGCCAAUUUACGUCGAAGCAAAAUCUAACGAAGCACAUCGAGUUGCACACGGAUGGAAAUAACAUUUUUGUGAAAUUUUACCGGUGCCCGCUCUGCCCUUACGAAACCCGCCGGAAGCGCGACGUGAUCAGACAUAUAACCGUGGUCCACAAAAAGUCUUCGCGUUACCUUGGCAAGAUAACGGCGAGCUUGGAAAUCAGAGCAGUGAAAAAACCCAUUGACUGCGUUUUAAACAAGGUGACGAGAAGAGGCGCUCCGAGGGAUGAAAGUAAGCAAAUUGGUGCAAAGCCGGACGUCACCUCGAACUCGCCGAGCAAGAAGUACGAAGGGGCUGAUGUGGGCAUUGAAGUGAAAGUCACAAAGAAUUUCUCUCUGCACAGAUGCAAUAAAUGCGGGAAAGCGUUUGCCAAAAAGACUUUCCUAGAACAUCACAAGAAGACUCAUAAGGCAAAUGCAUCCCAUUCGCCCGAAGAAAACAAUACAACCAAAGGCAGAAGCACGAGAUCUAAAGCUCUUGUCUGCUGAGGAACAACUAGUGCCUUGCAAAAUGUUUGCCUGAAUUUUCCGCUGGUGUUUCUAGCUCAGACUCUGACGCUGUAGAACAUAAAAAGAAUAUUGCAUUUAUUCUUUUCAGCCACAUAUUUAUAGGAUUCGAUAUGAAUUUGUCUUUGUUCAAGAAAGUGAACCUAGCACAGUUGUACAUGGUCGGUUCCUGAAAGUUUAAUAAUAUUCUGUAACAAGUUGUUUGGGGCAUAAUGUUUAGCGGUAGGGACCGUAGUUCCAAAGGUUUUUUAAAAUUAAUUUUGCACUUCGUUGGUACUGACCAGGUAGAGGAAAGCCUUUGAUGGGCUUGAAAUAGCCUGUUAGUGCUGUGUUUCCCUGUGGUUUUAGUCUGUUAGCAAAUAUUUCUGGCAUACAGAGUUUUGCAUAAAUGCUAGCAUACUUAAGAUGAGCAUAAAUUUAGGGUCUAUAGCUCUAUAUAGCUCUAUAGUUUAGAGUCAACACUUUUGCGUUAAAAGUCCGUUUCUCUGUUUGACACAAGAUGUCCAUUCCUCUUAGAGAAACUAAAAUCUCAGGUUUUUUCCUGAGCUAGAAUUUUGGUACCUGGACCUUUAUAGCUAGCAUUUUAACCAUAACGUUUGUUUCCACGUACCCUGUUUAGACACCUGCGGGUGGGGAUAUUGGAUAUUCUACAGUUCAGUGGCAAUUUUACAUGACAUACAAAACAACAGUCUUAACUAGCUUCAGUUGAAAUGUUGUUGGGCAACCAGCCACCAAGGAGAGAAUAGUUUGGUGGGUUUUUUUUUAAUUACUACUUUAUACGAAAGAUUAUUAAUCUCUAACAGAUGUUUAUUAAGAGUAUAUCUAUGUUGAUAUUUCAGAUCCAAAGUUCCCAUUAGGUGAAGGUAUCUUUCCAGAGUUAAACCACUUGUGGAUUCUGGUUUUAAUGUGAAAAGGUUAUAUGUAGACAAGCUUCCAGAUACUUGGGAGCUACCCUCAGGUUGCUGGGGGGAAGUUGGUGGGUUUUUCGUUUUGUCUUUUAAAGGCUAAAUAAUAAAGAUAUGGGUUAUUCUUACCAAAACCACAGUCAGCUUAUUGGACACAGAAAGUGCUUCUGGCUUUUGUGUGGAAAAUGUUCGUGCUGCCUACAAGUAAAGCCCCCUUUUUUUAAGCUGGCUAAAUAUUAUAUUGAUAUAUGUAUUUCUCCUUAACAUGAGAUGAUGUGUGGUAAAAUUUGGAAUUAGAACCACUAAUAUCUUGAAAUAGUUCUAUGAGAAGAAAUAUUUUUAUAAGAUAUUUUCUUAGUAAAUGUAUUGAUUGUUCCUAAAAGGUAACGUCUUGUCUGAGUUUUUCAAGAGUGAUUAAACUCCAUUAAAAAUAGCCCUUUGAAUUAAUAGCCAGCUUUCUUAUUUCAUGUGUGCAGUAGUGCUGGUAACAGAAAAACGAACAUUUUAAAAGGGAAAUUUUGCAAACCAUUUUUGAAGACCUAUUCUUUUUAAGGACGUUAUCAACUUGGAGCAUGCGUUCCAGACUUGGCCCUUACUUAAUUCUAAUUUUGCUGAACAGAUUUUACGUCCAUUGUGAUAUACUACUAAGCAAACACUUCUUGUGUGAUGUACUUUAAAAAUAUUUUUUUACAGAUGAAUGUAUAUGAGCAGUUUCUUAGCAUAAUUUGAAUGAACUGCAAUUUGAAUCGUAAUAUUUUUUAGCAUUGGCGCUAAUUUCAAUUCAUGGUUCAAUACUUUUUUGGGAGUAUUAAGUUUGACUGUACUGAACUUGCUGCAAAAAAAAAUGUAUAGUAAUUUUGCAUGGUUAGCAUAUUGGUCAGUCUUUCAUAUGGAAGUUUACAAGUGACCCACAUUCCCCUAUUUUAAUUGUUGUGUUUUUUU